AUGUUAGAGGUGGAGAGGAGCGACACGAUCAGCAGCCUCAUGAGGCAGCUGGAGGACAGGCUGGGAGUCCCGCCCAUCACGGUGCUGAUCGUGUACAACGGCUCGCCGGUGCGCAAGGAAUCGACGCUGUCCCUGCACUACAACUUCGCGUCCUCCUAUUACGCGUUCAAGGUCGAGACGCUCAAGACCCUGGGGAUCGACGUCGAGCGCGCAGACGACGACGCGGCCGACAAGAUGGAGAUCUUCGUGAGGGACUGUUUUAUCCCGUGCCGCAAGGGCCGCCGGGUGAGGACGAUCGUGCUGGAGGUGGAGGCCACCGACACGGUCGGCAGCGUCAUGGCCCAGGUGCAGGGCAAGCUGGGCUACCCGGCGGCCCUUCAGUUGCUGUUCUGCUAG